CUUGGCGUGGCGACCCAGUAUACCAAGUAGAGGGCUUCUUGCGACGUCAUAGAAUAUCAGCUAACGGCGUGUUUCCUCGUUUCACUUCGCAGCCGCCAAGAUGUUUGAAGUUUUUGGCGGUUUGAAGCAACACGUGUCGACUAAAGGGUCGACGAGCCCGCAGGUGACGUCCCUCUUGCUGAUGUCCCUCCGCCUCAGCAUGCUCAUGACCCUCCUCGCCUGCGUCCUCGUCACCGCCAAGACCUACAUCGGCGACAACAUCAAGUGCAUCACCGGCUUCGAGAAGCAGGAGCACAAGGCCAUCGAGACUUAUUGCUUCAUUGCCUCGACCUUCACGCUGGUCGACCUCGAGGGGAAGACGGUGCCGCACCCCGGCGUGGGCCCCGACGCCCCGCGCACCAACGAGGACGGCAGCACGGAGGAGGCCGACCGCCUGCGCCACGCCUACUACCAGUGGGUGCCGAUGGUGCUUGUGCUUCAGGCCGUCGUCUACUACUUUCCGUCGUGGCUCUGGGAUAAGAUCGACAAGAAGUUCUUCAGCCAAGCCAUCUGCGACCUUGAUAAGAUCCACAUCGGUAGCGUUGAGGAAAAGCUGAGGGCCUCGUCCGAGUACUUCUCGAACAGCUUCACGACCCACCGCAGUUACGCCCUUUACUUCCUGCUGUGCGAGUGCCUGGGCUUCACCAUCGCCGUGUCCAACCUGUUCUUCACCAACGCCUUCCUGGGGGGCAACUUCUUCGCCUUCGGCCCCGGAUCCAUCAAGUACCUGAGCCAGCACGCCGCCGACCCCGAUAACCCGCUCAACGAGAUCUUCCCCAAGGUGGCCAAGUGCACGUGGUACAAGUACGGCGCCUCGGGAUCCAUUCAGAAGUUCGAUUCCAUGUGCGUUCUGCCGCUCAACAUCGUCAAUGAAAAAACGUACAUCUUCUUGUGGAUGAUGUACGUUUUUACUGCAUCCGUGUGUGGAGUGGUCCUUCUCUGCCACCUCAUCCUCUUCUUUGUCCCCAACGUCCGCAAUACCUACCUGGUGUACCUGACGCGGGACCAGGCGACCAAGACCCACCUCAUCCACGUCCUUCCCCAGGGCAACUACGGGGACUGGUUCCUCAUCUACCACUUCAAGAAGAACAUGGCGUAUUUCAAGCAGUGGAUCGGGAAGGUUCGCGCGCAGAGGGACGAGGCGAAGAGGGGGGCGGGGAGCGUUGCGGGUUGAGGCGGUUAGAAGGGAGGGAGGAAGG